CCCGCCUCCUCCCUCCUCUGCAGGAUGGAAACGCCAUGGCCGCGGCCGCACGACUCCCCCUGACCCAGUUGUCGAGUGGAAAUCCAGUCUACGAGAAGUACUAUCGUCAGGUGGACUCGGGGAACACCGGAAGGGUCUUGGCUUCUGAGGCUGCGGCUUUUCUGAAAAAAUCAGGGCUGACGGACUUGAUCCUGGGCAAGAUUUGGGAUUUAGCUGACUCAGAUGGCAAAGGGGCCCUGAGCAAGCAGGAAUUCUUCGUGGCCUUGCGGCUUGUGGCGUGUGCCCAGAACGGAUUGGACGUCUCCCUGAGCAGCCUGCACUUGCCCGUCCCUCCACCCCGAUUCCAUGAGCCCAGUAGCCCUCUGCGGAUCAGCGGAGCUGUAUCGGCGGAGGUCCCGUGGGCCGUCAAGGUAGAAGAGAAGGCCAAAUAUGAUGCCAUCUUCGACAGCCUGAACCCGGUGAACGGGCUGUUAUCCGGGGACAAAGUGAAGCCCGUGCUGCUCAACUCCAAACUCCCGGUGGAUGUCCUAGGAAGGGUUUGGGAGCUCAGUGACAUUGACCACGAUGGCAUGCUGGACCGGGAUGAGUUUGCAGUUGCCAUGUUUUUGGUCUACUGUGCCCUGGAGAGGGACCCUGUGCCCAUGUCCCUGCCUGCCGCCUUGGUGCCACCUUCUAAGAGAAAAACGGUCAGUAUCUCAGCCUCCAAGUGGUCAGUCCCCUCUUCGACACUGCCCAGGGAACCUUACAGCUCCUUGCCACCAGUAGGCAUUUUCCCUACCAAAGCACCACUGGCACAGUGGGUGGUGUCACCUGCUGACAAGAUAAAGUACGAUGAGAUCUUCCUGCAAACGGACAGAGACAAAGAUGGCUUCGUGUCAGGUUUGGAAGCCCGAGAAAUAUUCCUUAAAACGGGAUUGCCUUCUGCCUUGCUGGCACACAUCUGGGCCCUAUGUGACACCCAGGACUGCGGGAAGCUCUCCAGCGAACAAUUUGCCCUGGCCUUCCACCUCAUCAACCAGAAGCUGACCAAGGGCGUCGACCCCCCGCAGGUGCUCACGGCCGAGAUGGUGCCUCCCUCCGACCGAGCCUUGGCCCCGAAGGGCCUAUCGGGACCGAGCCCCGUGGCGGACUUCUCAGCCAUCAAGGAACUGGACACCCUGAACAAUGAAAUAGUAGACUUGCAGAGGGAAAAGAGGAGUGUGGAGCAGGACCUCCAGGAGAAGGAAGAGAGCAUCCAGCAGAGGACCGGCGAGGUCCAGGAUCUUCAGGAUGAAGUCAAGAGAGAGAGUACUAAUCUGCAAAAGCUGCAGGCUCAGAAACAGGAAGUGGAGGAACUCCUGAACGAGCUGGAGGAGCAGAAGGCCAAGCUGGAGGAGCAGCUUCAUGACAUCAGACAGAAAUGUGCCGAGGAAGCCCAGCUGGUCUCUUCCCUGCAGGCCGAGUUGGCGAGUCAGGAGUCGCAGAUCUGCGCGUACGAAGAGGAGCUGGGCAAAGCCAGGGCGGAGCUGAACCAGCUGCAGCAGGAGGCCGCGGACCUGGCCGAGAGCUUGGAGGCCGGGAGGGCCCAGCUGGGGCCCCUCCGGGACCACCUGCAGGAGUCCCAGCAGGAGAUCAGCUCGAUGCAGAUGAAACUGAGCGAGAUGAGGGAAGUGGCCCCCGCUGGGACCCAGGGGCCCUGGGGUGGCAGCCCCCACAGCAUGCUCGUCAACGGCAGCGCCGAUUACUGCAGCCUCAGCAACAGCAGCAGCGACACGGCCAACCUCAACGAGCACGGCGAGGGCCCCAGCCCGCAGGAGGCCGAGCCCGGCCCACCCGCAUCACCGGUCAGAAGCAGCCCGGAGAUGCCUGACGUGGCUGGGACGGAGGAAAAGGAAGAGCUGACGAUAAUUGAGAGCGAAAAGGAAGAUCCAUUUACUGCAGAAUCGCAUCCGCUGUCGGAUCCGGUUGCGGAAGCGAGCCUGGACUUCUUCCAGACCGAUCCCUUUGUCGGCAGUGACCCUUUCAAGGACGACCCUUUUGGGAAAAUUGACCCGUUUGGAGGCGACCCCUUCAGGGGUUCGGAUCCGUUCGCGACCGACACAUUUUUCAAGCAGUCCACCGCCGACGACCCCUUUGCCACCACAAGCCCCGACCCUUUCAGCGCAGCCAGCAGCAGCAGCGAUUCGGCCGUGGAAACGCUGAAGAGCGACGACCCUUUUGCUCCCGGUGGGACGGUGGGGACCGCGGCGAGUGACCCAGAUCCUUUCGCCUCUCUCUUUGGGAAUGAGUCAUUUGAAGAAGGAUUUGCUGACUUCAGCAGUCUGUCAAAGGCCAACAACGAGGACCCUUUCAGUUCAGCCGCUCCCGGCUCGGGCAGCAACGUGGUCCUGACCAAAAACGUGUUCGAGGAGCCGCCGGCCAAAAACCAAGACGUCCCCCCAGCCCUGCCGCCCAAGACAGGCACUCCCACGAGGCCCUGUCCACCUCCACCCGGGAAAAGGCCGACCAGCAGAUUGGAUUCUUCCGAUUCUCUUAAACUGAACGAUCCGUUUCAGCCUUUCUCAGGCAGUGAGGGGCUGCGGGAAAAAGCCCCCUACCUGACCGAUGACCCAUUCGCCCCCACCGUCGCCGCCGGCCAGGAGGUCGACUCGAGCAACUUUGCCAACUUCCCUGCGUACUCGACUGAAGAGGAUAUGAUCGAAUGGGCCAAGAGGGAAAGCGAGAGAGAGGAGAAGGAAAGGCUCGCCCGCCUCAACCAGCAAGAGCUGGAAGAUCUGGAGCUGGCCAUUGCCCUCAGCAAAUCCGAGAUCUCCGAAGCGUGAAGAGAGAAGGUCGGGCCCCCGUCAGCCGUCCCCCCGAUACCCUGACCCGGAAAGCUAUUUAACAUCUUAUCAGAGCUACCUAGGAGCAUGAGAAUACAAAAGGUUUUAGUUUCCUGUAAGCGUGACAAACUUUCACCUCAGAAUUUCUCCCCAUUCCGAAUCUCAGUAUUUUGUCUUAAGAUGCAGUAGCCCGUCGGACGGCGUUCCCAAGGCGUCUGUUCCUCUGUUGGUUCCACUUGAGCUGCGGCCUGCGCUACUUUCGUCCCCUCGACCCAGGUCCCGUGACCCAGCGGGAGGUCGAGGCUGCGGCCCCUUCCCGACCAGGGGCUGCUCCGGCGGGUCUCUGUAUUUUCGGGGUCACUCCCGCCAAGGGAAGACGGGGAAGCGUCCCCGUCCCCCCGGGCCCUGUACGAUUGGGCCAGUGGCACAGCAUCGAGAGGAACGGACGCCCUCGCGUUUCCCUCCGUGGGUGACGUGCUUCUGUUUGGCUUCCAUUGUCCUGAGGAAGACCGACCCCGUGAGAGAGAGGACGUACGUGGGCCCGGCCCUGUGGCCCUCCACAACAUCCACCCACCCGCAUAGGCUGGUCGGAGCCAGUGGCCGCCCCACUCCCAACCCAGGGCAGGGAUCUCCUUGGGCUCAGCCCCUGCCCUGUCCCGAGAGGCUGGGCACAGGCCAGACCGGGCCGUGCCCAUCCGGGGGCCCGGGGCUCCACCUCCGACAGCAGGGAGCGGAAACCGCGGCCUUGUAGGGGAGCAAGGUCGCGCAAGUGGGCCCCCUCUUAGGCAGACUUUGAAACCCUUUUGUACGUUUGCCGAAGAAACUUUAGCAAGCCGGAGCCGUACAGAGCUUGAUUUUAUACUUCCGGAUCUAUUUCCUUUAACGGAGGUUCUGCUACCGGACUUAACGUGAUGCCCCUCUCACCGGAUACCAAGUGGAAGCGGCGGGGUGCUGCCUGCCCUGCUUGGGGUGCCCUGUUGUCAGACUGGAUCCCAGCACCAGGUUUUUCCUCACUCUGUGAUUUUCUCCUCAAAAAACAGCAGUUGGGGGAAGGCGUCCAUCGUCGGAGGGAGCCGGCUGUCGGCUGGGGCAAGCGAUCGACCCCCCACCUAGCCCAGAACCUCUCGGCAAGCUGAAUUUUGAAUAGACGACGCUCCGAGCGGAGUUUGUGACUUGGACUUUUUGCAGUUGUUGUUCCGUCAGGUAGUAGUCGAUGUUACCCUCUAGGCUGGGAACAUCUGGUAACAAAAGGUAACCGGCAACAACUGGUGACAAAAGGUAGUUGAUGUCACCCUCGAGUGUAAGCUCCCUGUGGACAGAGAACGUGUAUACCAAUUCCGUCGUAUUGUACUCUCCCGAGCGCUCAGUACAGAUGUGCUGUGCACACAGUAAGUGCUAAUGAAUACUGUCGAUUGCUCGAUUGGAUGUCAAUAAAGGUAGGCCAGAACCAAGCUGAAGUGGUCCACGGGGUCAAAGUGGGGCAUUUCCCUGGAGCAGAGCAACUUCUUGCCCAUCUGUUCCGUCGAGUAAAUGCUCCAGACCACACACACACUUGGUCUCCCGCGCUCUGCUUGCCCCCGUCCCGGGCCAUGCCUGGGGGGCAGCGGCCGGGCACCCUAAUCGAACCAAGCUUUGCACCCCCUCUGCUUGUGUGAGCAGCAGGGUCAGGUCAUGGGGGCAUGAAGCAGAAGCUGAAGACCACCCCCUCCACAUCCUCCCCCCCCCCCCCCCAACACACACGCACCGCCUCGCCACACAGCUCUCCCUUCCAAACUGUCUCCGAAGUCUCUUGGCAAGGUGGUUUUUCCCUUGGUGGUGGUGGUGGCGGUGGUUCUUUUUCUCCCCUCUUUCAGGAAACAGGUAAGGUGGCUUGAACAACCUUUUUUUUUGCACUGGGAAAAAUGAGCAGGUGUCGGCGAUGCUCAGAAAUAUAGGAACCUUUGAAGUAUUAUAAACCUGUAACUUAUCUACACCCCCUUUGAUGUAAUAAGUGUACACUAAUCUUACGUAUGUUUAACUGGACUACAUAGAUUCCCUUGUUAAAAGAUGUACAUUCAGUGGACCAAUAUAUUAAAACGUGUAUAUAGUAUAUAUAUAUAUUCACGCCCUCGUGUAUGGGAUUAAAAUCUCGUAGUCGUUUGACGUCACUCCGACUACGGUAAUGUGUGCUUCGGAGUACAGGUAAACAAACAAAUCACUGCUGUGGCCUAACUGGCAUUGCUAAGAGGUUUUAACUGGCGUUUAAAAAUCCGUUCAGCUGGGUUUAGGGACUGUUCAUAGACUUUCCUUUAUGUUGAAGACUUCCCAACAGUAGCCUGUAAUUAUGAGGAGAAUAAAAUUCAAAUACAUGGUAAAACGAA